AGUGACCUAAGAGCUGAGGCGUGAGUCUGGAGUUGGUCAGAUCACAGCAAGAAGGAAGUUUUUUUUUAAUGGUACAUAAGGAUCACCCACCAGGUUUCCCGGUCCACAUCCUUCUCCGUCACGUGGGGAAUUUUGGAACAGCUGGCUGCAGAGUUGGAAGGCACUGAACAGGGCUGAGCUGGGGCGCUUCCCAAGCCCCUCCUGCUGCACUCAAUACCUGGGUAAAACAAAGAAAAUUGUGUUUGCCCGGCUCACUUGCUGAAGUCACAAGAUUCCGAGUAUCAUGCAGCACUCUGGAAUGCCUGCGAAAACUCAGAAGGGGCUCACCACAGGCCGCACUGGAACGGCUGUCCACCGGACUUUUCAGAUAAAGACGUUUAGCACAGAGUUGAAAAACCAUGUGCUGGUCAUGGAUUUUGUGAAGAGUAACUGGUUUCCCUCCCAGAGAAGAGCCAAAGUUUGUAUCCUCCAUAUGUGUCAAGGACUGAAGACAGCUGAGUCACCAACCAGCAGACAUGAGAUCCACAGUCGGUUUUUCUCAUCCACCAAAGAUCACUCUGCCUGGGAGAGAAAUGAAAGUCUUUUGAAUGCAGGAUUACAGGACAACCAUUACAGCACAAAAGAUCAAAUUUGCCUUAGAAAUCUCCAGUCUGAUGUUACAGAGAGGAAAUCUGACUUCACCAAGGAAACUCUGGCAUCACAAAACACAAAAAUGAUUUCGUCCAUAGUCAUUUCACAGCUGAUUGAUGAGAACAGAUCAAAAGACAAUGUGGCUGCGUUGCCACUGCCCUGUGCGGUGGCUCAGCCUCGAGCGUGUCGCACGAAGCCUGCUUCGGCUCAUUCCAGCGGCGUCAACAUCCACAGGGCGUUUGCGUUACUUCCGGACAGACUCGGAAUUCCCACGCCGUCAGAGGAACAAGGACCAGAGAUAGAUUUGCCGCCUUCAGGGGACAGUGUGUGUGGCAGCCCCCGCCAAGGAUUCGCGUCCAUCACCAUCACGGCGCGGCGCGUGGGCCCCCCGGCCGGCGCCAUGCUGUGGGGCCCUGCUGGGGACUCUUUCUGCCCCAAGUGUGGGGCGGAGGAUGCUCUGCGCCGGAGUCCCUCAGCCCGGGCUGGCGCUCCCCACUCACGUCCACGCCAUGGGCCUCUCGCCUGCACAGAGUUCUCAAAAAAAGGCUCUGUGGUGAGAGUGAAGGUCCCCGAGGCCCACGCGCGGAGGUGUGCAGGUCACGAAUACUGGAUCACACACGUGGACAGCAAAGAGAGCAGUUUUACGCCAGACACCCCGCCUUCCGGAAAGGACCCGCUGAUGUUUACUUCCUGUGUCCGCCUCCGGGUGUCUCGGCAGUGUCCAAAUUCGAUGUGCUAUUUGGACAAAUCUCUCUCGGUCCCUGUGGAGCAACCUCAAGUUGUCAGUCCCCAAAUGCACAGAUCCGUCCUGUCACUCAACCUCAGUUGUAGUUCCCACGGGUUAACAGCAGAUGGAGUAGAUGGCAUAGCUAACGGAGAGCCAAUAAACAGAGCCCGGAAGCAGGAGCUCAUCGAGGGAAACCAGCACCUCCUAGGCCCGCCCUGGAACCCAGCUUUACCAGAAAGUCCCUCGAAGGAAAAUCCUUCACUGGGUCCGGAACGUUUGGAGACUGGCACUUGUCCUUGGAGUGACUGUCCUCCUCUGGAAAAUAUAGAAAUCGCAGAUGUGGGAACUAACCAGGUCACUGUCAGAAAAGGGAAAGACCACCAUGCAACUCUCCCGGCCAGCGGUCAUGGCAACCAACUGUCCAUUCACAUUCCUGGCUGGAGUUACAGGGCAGUAGAAACAAAAGUAUUUUCUGGAAGCAGCAAGAAGCAGCAAGGUGAAGCACGUGUGACUCUGUCCGCUCCUCCAGUGGAGCAGAAGCACAUUAAACGAUUCCUUCCUGAUGGGGACAGCUCCCCAAACGAUGGCUGUCUGUCUAGUGACCUUUGUAAGCCCACAGAGAGACGACCUCCAAGCUUCCUGAGGCCCAGAGUCACCUUGCCUGGGUUCCUUUGCCCCUUACAAGAUUCAUACAGCUCUCCACAAGAAGACAAUGGUGCCCAGAUAAAAAGAGAGCUCCCCAAAGGAGAUUAUACAUGCUGUGACUUGGUUGUAAAAAUAAAGGAAUGUAAGAAGAGCGAGGACUCCACCAUGCCUGAGGUCUCACCAGCACUCCCCUCACCAACACCUCUCAAGGGACCUGAAACACCUGGUUUGUCAGAAGACAGACCUGAUCCUCAGGAAAUACCUGCAAACCCUUUGACCUUGCAGGAAGCUCUGGAAGUCCAUAAACCUCAGUUCAUUUCUCGCUCACAAGAAAGGCUGAAGAAGCUAGAACACAUGGUGCAACAGAGAAAAGCGCAGCGGAAGGAGAGCCUGGGGCAGAAGCAGAAUCUCCUUCCUGUCCGUGCCAACAAGAAGCAAUUCACUGUUCCCCAUCCUCUUAGUGAUAACUUGUUCAAACCCAAAGAGAGGUGUAUUUCAGAGAAGGAGAUGCACAUGCGAUCUAAAAGAAUCUAUAAUAACUUGCCGGAAGUUAAAAAGAAAAAAGAAGAACAAAAGAAAAGGGUGAUCUUACAGAGCAACAGACUCCGUGCUGAAGUCUUCAAAAAGCAAUUACUGGACCAGCUUCUUCAAAGGAAUGCAGUCUGACCCCGGGCUGCCCUGCUGACCACUACCUGGACCUGAGAAGACUUCAAAUACUGGAUAAGCCAUUAAACUUACCAUUAUCUUCAUGACAUGAAAAUACUUAUUUUGCUUUUGAUUUUUUUUUUUUUUUCAUAAAGGAAAACACCACUUCUUGAAUGACUGACCCAAACAAACAGAAAGAGUAACCCUCAAGGCAAUAGGUCAACAAUCUUGUGCAGAAAUCAACUCCAUGUAACCUACUAGUCUUAGUCCUAUUCAUGUUUUGACUUCUGAGUUUUCCCUUGUACUGUCUCCAAGCAGAAAGUCCUAUACACUCAAGUGUGCUUGGAUCUCCAAGGAAUAUUUUUUCAUCAAACUUCUGGCACCAAAAUCCACCACUUUCUAAAACCAAUCCCAGCACUUGCCAGUUCUGCAACUCCAUAGUGUGGGUCAUCAGACACUGUGUCUUAAAACGUGUGUCCUGUAAUACCAGAGGCUCACUUUGGGGAUGAGUAGGUCAUAGGCUGCAGACUGUGGAGCAAGCAGGCUGUGCUCUGUGACCCAGAGCAAUCAGAGUAGCUCCCCCAUGCAUAGCUCUGUCUUGGCUGAGCCAAAAGAGCUUCUAUUUCAGUGAGAGUUUUGAGGGCAGAAUUAGCUGAAUAAAUGUGUAGGGGAUGUCAUUGUUUUCUGUAGCCCAACCCCUCUCCCACCAGAAGCUAUGCUGUUAAAAUGGCCUAAUGGCUCCAACUCUGAUGUUUGUUCUUCCAAAUGCUUACAGUAUCCAUUAUUUAUAAAUAUGUAUCUGGGGAUCUGAGAACUAGAUUUUACAACAACAAAAAAAAAUUGAAAUAAAUGCCAUUGUUCAAACA